AUGAAGGCUCCAUCCAUCGUCACUACCAUCACCUACGCCUUCGCCUUCUCCGGCCUCGCCCUCGCCGUGCCUACCGUGGGCCACGGCAUCAAGGCCCGCAGCACCAACACCGACUGGAUGCUCAAGUGCACCCACGGCAGCUGCUACUCGGUGGUGGGCUGCACCAUGGACGGGGCCGUCACCCACAACAACCCCAGCUGCUGGCAGAUGUGCACUUGUGUUGCGUAUAACUCGACGAUCGUCACCCCGGUGCGCUAG